CUUUCCCGUGAUGCACCGCAUUGUUGUGGGGCAGUAUCAAUGUAGCUACUACUAUUUAAUCAAUGUUUAAAAGUACCCAACAUGCAUUAACGGGUUCGCUGUUGAUAUAUUAAUUUAACUUACGCGUGGUUUGAACAUUGAUAAAGUUGGCUAACUAACUGUACAAACUGAGAACAGCGGAGAAAUUGCUGGAAGCCGUAAUUACGGUAACGAAAGACGUGACCCGCUCGAGAAUAUCGCUGGAAUAAACUAACUUUUGGUUUCUUCUUUUAUUUUACUGUAUGAUUUCCAGUACUGCCUGUUGAAUAUGGAGAGGCAUAACUACGGAAAGGAAAGACUCAUAGUGCCCACUGACUUUACUUCACCAGCGCUUUCCAGAAAUAUCCAGGGGGACCUUGUACCCCCAUCUCAUUUUGCAUCAACUGUCAAAUCUACUGGAGCACACACAGUUGUUCAAAACCCAACGUCACCACCACCUAUCUCAUGGUUAAACCCAGUCUUAACAUCAGCACCAUCAGGCAAUCCCAUCCCUGCUGAUCCAUGGCUUGCCAUCACCCAAGCUCAACAGGAAAUCUUGGAACUGAGGAAAGAAAAUCAAAGGAUUAUGAUGCUACAUAGAGGCAACAUGAGAGGAAAGAAUUCUGCAGAUCACAUAUCAGAUCUUAUGAUUCGAUCUACAGAAAGAAGUGAGCAGUUGUCCCAACAGGAAUCAGACUGGUGGCUUGUGGCAGAGAAGCACAAGACUGAAGCUGAGAGGUUAAAGGGGCAAGUGGAGGCACUGAAGGAGACAGCAGGGAGAUACAGGGAAGAAAUGAGAGAAAAAGACAUCACCCUGAGCAGACAAAACCAUGAGUUGGAACUGAUACGUAAAGAACUAUCAACGGCUAAGACUGAACUUAGCCAAAUCAGAGAGGAGCUCAAUCUUAGCAGUGCACAGAAGGAGAAAAUAACUACACAGUUUGAAAAACUGAAAGCAGAGUCUGUUGAGGAAACAACAAAGCUGAAGAGAGUUGCAGAAAAAAGUAAAGAGGAAUCCAGGGAGCUUGCUCUUAAGGCUGAAAUGAGCAGGUUGCAGACUGAAGAGGAGGCUAAACAGCAAGCUCUCAGAUUGUCUGAACAACUUGAUGAGCUAAAGAUUAAACAGGAAAUGCAGCUGCAACAUUUAAAUACCACCCACUGUGCAGAGUUGGAUGAAGCAAGAAAAACAAACAGUGAACUGCAGGACAGACUUCAAUCACUGGUCUCAGAAGGGCUGCAGCUAAAAAGCACUCUAAUUGAGGUAGCAACGGAGAGAGAUGGCCUCAAAGAAAAUUUAAGCCAAAUGGGAAAAGCCUUUGAGACACAAUCUGCAACACUGCACAGUCUCAGAAAUUACAUCGGCCAACUUGCCCCAGAGAAAGGAGAGAAGGAACGAUUAAAUGAAGCUGUUGAGAAACUGAACGAAGAGAAAGCUGCUCUUCAGAUGACCACAGAGCUUUUGACAGUGAGGCUUAACUCUGUGAAUGAGAUACUUGCCCUCCAGGAAGAAAAAAUAGUAAAGAGGCAGGCCUUAACAGAUCCACUUGUGAAGAAUGGCUCUGAGGGCCUUCAAGUGCUUCAGUUAUGGAGAGAGAAAGUGUUCAAGUUAUGCGUCCAGCUUCGCUCAAAGGACAUUGAGAUAAGAAGAGAGAAGGAUAAGCUUCUUUCAGAAGUGAGUUCCACAGAGCAGCAGCUCCAGCAAGAGCAGCACCGGGCAAGUGUCCUCCAACACAGUCUGCACGACAGGAUGGCUGAGCUGGACCUGGAGAAAGUGGAAAAGGAGAGAUUGAAACAGAACUUGGCCAAGGUUCACAAAGAAAAUGCUGAGCUAAAGUCACAGAAUCAGAAAGCAGAGGCGGAAAUUAAACUCCUGACAGAGGCUGUGCAGAGGUUCAGUCAAGAAUUUCAAAACAAGGUAGCAGAGGUGGAAGCAGCUAAAGCAAGGCUUAACACUUUUACCCAGAGGCUUUCCUUUGCCAAAAGAAGAGUGGAGACAAUCCAAGGUUUGGUCAUGAGGAACGUGGCUCUGCAGAAAGUUGAGCAGGCCUGCAAACAGGCCGAACAACAUAAUGACAGCAUCACAAACCUCAAGAUAGAGCACAGUUUGGUGUGUGAAGAGAGAGACAAACUCACCCAAGAGCUCAAAAGAACCCCAGAACUUAUCGAGAAAGCCUUGGCUGAUCUAAAAGAACAAUAUGAAAGUAAAGUUAGGCAGCAGCAGCAGGAGCUGGAACAGUGCUGCAUGGAAGUCAAGCUGGCUGUAGCUGGUAAAGAAAAGGCUGAUCAAAGCCUGCAGCAGAUCCAGAUUCAGCUGGAGGAGAGCUACGUCAGCCUGGAGGGGCUCCGUUGCGAAUUGCUCCGCCAGCAAGAGCACAGUGAACAAGCUCUGCAGGAAAGAGUGUCUGAAAUUGAGGAUCGGUGUGCUGAGAAGCUAAGAGAGAUGGAGGUUCAGGUCAUUACAGCCAGAAGAGAGCACACCAAAGCAGUUAUGACUUUGCAGCAGUUUCAGAAAGAGGCAAGAAAACAGGAUAUGGCGAAAAAAAUUCAACAUUUGGAGAGUGAAAGCGCAAAACAUGCACUGAACAAACAACUGAAGGAGAAAGAAAAGGCCAUGGGAACAGAAAAGAUAGAAUAUCCACAGGCUCACACAACUCUGCAAAAUGCUACUACUCCUGGAAAUCAACAAAAACCUUUGGAGAGGAAGUUCUCUAUGGAAACAGAAGCCCAUUCACCCACAGAGAGACUGCUGAGUGUUUUGGAGGAGCUCAGUACACUCAGCGCUGCAGUGGUUAACAGUUCUGAGGACUCUGUGGAGGAAGACGGAUGGAGUGACGGUGUGAGACCGUCAGACAGCUUGCACAGCUAAUACCUGAAGAUGAGUCAUUGAAGCCAAGUGAACACACAUUUAAUUUGUUCAGAAGAUGGGCAGCAUUGAUGCUUCAGAAGCUACAGGAAACAGUUCAGAUAAGCUGAACAACAGAAAAACAUGCAAUGCAUAUUUAAUUUUAUAUAACAAGAAUAAUUUCUACCUGCUGUUGGUGCUAUAUAUUCAAUCUCAAGGUUUUAACAUUUUAUCAAAACGGCGACUUGAAAAUCUGUAAAUUCUUUUAACAGGUGUGUCCAUCCAACCAGUGAAUACUUAAGAUUAAGGUCACACUUAAGCAAAAUGUAUGCAAUUUAUUCACCAAAAUUAACCUUUUUUUUUCCCAGAGGGAAGCAUAUCAGAUAAAAAUAGAGCAGGCAUCGCACUUGUCGGGCUAAUCUGCAUUGUUAAAUUACAGCAUUUUUUUGCUGUUCAGAAACUGGUCUCAUGUUUUUUCUAUGUAGCUUAUAAUAAAGUGUUUUUAUAUUGGA